AAUAGAUAAUUGGAGAGAGAGAGAGAGAGAAGAGAGAGAGAAGUCUUCCAUCUUCUAGGUGAAGUCCAGGGUUUGAUUUUCAAUUGUUUCUACGUAGAAUAUUUUUCUUGUAUAGUACAGUUCACCUCAAAUAGAAAGAAGAACAAGUAGAGUUCAGCAGUUUACAAGAGGACCCAAGUCAUCAAAAAUUGAUCACAGGCUAUGCUAAAAGCAUCAUUUACUUCUUCAAUUCCUUUCUUUCUUCUCUAUUUGAUCUAGGACAAGCUAAAAAGAGAAGCUGGAGCUAUUAACAGGAAUAAUGGAAGACAGUGAUGACACUGGAUGUUCAAGGACAAGCCCUAAUUCCGACAAAGAUAAAGAAGAGAACGAUAACACUUCGAUCAAAUUACCCAAGGAUGGAGGAAGUUCAAGCAACAGUACUGUUGAAGAGAGCGAAAAGAAGCUCCCCGUGAGGCCUUAUGUUCGAUCCAAGAUGGUUAGACUUCGAUGGACAACUGAUCUCCAUCUCCGUUUUGUUCAGGCUGUGGAAAGACUUGGUGGACAAGAAAGAGCAACACCCAAAUUAGUUCUUCAAUUGAUGAACAUAAAAGGACUUAACAUUGCUCAUGUCAAGAGCCAUUUGCAGAUGUAUAGAAGCAAGAAGAUUGAUGACCCAACUCAAGGUGUAGCAAAUUAUAGGCCUUUUAUGGAAGGUGGAGAUCCAAACAUUUACAACAUGAGUGAACUCCCUAUGCUCCCAACCUUCAUUCAAAGGUUCAAUUCCACUUUUAGAUAUGGAGAUGCUGCUAGGAAUUGUCCAGAAAGCACAAUUGACAUGAAUGUCACACCAGAAUUUUACACUCAACUCAGUGAGAGGAUUUUUGGCAGCAAUUAUAGUAGGGCAAUUCAUCAAGAUUCCAUUACUGGGAUUCCUUCUUUCAUUAGUGAAAGAUCCACUUGGAGAACAAAUGAAAUGAAAGACAAAAUGGAUAAGCUAACUCCAUUAUUCCAAAGAGCUGCAAAAGCUAAAGCAAGACUGAGUCUUUUGAAAAGGAAGGCUAUAGAUUAUGACCUAAUUGACCUGAAUUUAUCUCUAGGAGUAAAGCAAAAAAAUAACAGCCACCACGACGACGACGACGACGAUAAUGGGAGUACUUUAUCAUUGUCGAUGUCUACUUCAAGAUUGAAAGAAGAGGCUAAUUAUGCUACAAAGGAAAAUGCAAGAAGAGGGGCAAGUACUCUGGAUCUGACUCUAUGAAUGGGACAUGAUUCUAAGUGAGAUCUUGAGGUACUUGUUUCUGAUUAGAAUGCGCGAGUCUUUUGAUUUGUACUACUGCCAUUUACCAAGGUAAUAUUACUAUAUGGUAAGUACUAUUUGUUCGGGUAUUUCUCUGUUAUCAUAAUAUUUGUUAACAAGAAUCACCUACUUCAC